AUGAUGCCUUACGUCCCUGUGAUAAGUGUUGACAUCGCGAUGUUGUUCAUGACUGUCAACGUUGAGUACUUGAACUGUCUAGUCUCCGCCAGUGGUGUGCUUGCCAAUGCACUCAACAUCGCAGUCUUCUGGAGGCUGGGAUUCAAAGACAACGUCAACAUCAGCCUCUUUGUGCUGGCCGUGGCCGAAUUCUUCUCCGUCAUGACGGCCAUGGUCUUCAGUUUGACCUCUAACCCCGAUUUCGUCGCCUUGACCUUGAUUGAACCAAUCGGGUUCCAAAGUCUUGUCGCGUCCUUCCCGCGCGCGACGCUAAGCCGCAUCAUCAGCUGCGUCAUUGCUUUCGUCACAUUCGAAAAAUGCAUGUGCGUUCUAAUCCCACUAAAAGUCAAACGAAUCAUCACCCGUAGAGUAACCGCCCUUGUUUUAUCCAGCCUUUUUAUCUCCCUUUCCCUGACCCUCAUCCCGUUCUACCUACAGCUCUACUUAAACUGGAAAUUCAUCCCGACCUUAAACCAAACCUGGUUGUGCUCAUUCCUAACCGGCUCCACCCCUGACACCAACAUCACCCUCUCCAUCCACGCCUUCGUCCAAGUCUUCUCGUAUAUUCUGAUUAUAAUAUUCACCUCAAUCCUUAGUUUUGAGAUACGCAAAAGGUCAAAAUGGCUGAAGAUGACGACAUUGGGUGACCAAGGCAACCAUAAAGGAACUCGCACGAUCCUGAUGGUGUCUUGUGUGGCUGGAAUCUACAUCGUCUGCUACCUGCCCAGUCUCGUGCUGCUCCUGACGGGACUUGCCGAGCCCAAGUUCGCCAUCUUUAGGGAGGAGAGAAACAUCUACCUUCUGUUUUACUCGUUCAACAUUCUCCUGGAGACGUUCAACUCCUCCAUCAACAUGCUAGUGUACUACAACAUGAGCGGCAAGUACAGGGCCAUAUUGAUUCAAAUGUUACGUUGUCGUUCACGGCAUUGA